AUGGACGCCGCCAAGCAAGUUACAAACUCACCUAGUCAACAUACCGAAGCCCACAGGCAGCAUCUGUACAACAACUUGCCAGUCGAAGAACGAGGAAAGAAAUCCUACUAUGAAUGGGUUAGGGAGGCUUACCAAGAGCAGUACGAGAAAUGGGUACCGUGGCUCGAGGACCAAUACUUGAAAUGGUUUGGAAAUGGUGAUAACAAGGCUUCCUAUGCGACUAAAGAUACCCUGAAUAAAUCCAAGGUCAGCGGUAUACCGCAAGUCGACCAACUUCAAGACGAUGCCCAUAAUCUUCUCGGAAAUCAGCUUGGCGAGAAUGGACUUGCAGCGCCCGUUGGCAAUAUAGCAAGCAAAGAGGGCGUCAACAGAAUGGAAAGGCAAGGCAAAGACGACAAGGGGACAUACGGCGGCCCCGCCGCUGGGUAUACAGAUUCUAUACUCAACAAGGCAAAGAGUGGUGCGCAAUACGUGGGAACCUCGCUAUCUGAUGGUGCAAAAAGUACUGGCAGCUAUAUGGGACUUGGCGAAGGCAGUCAAAAAAGUCAGUAA